AGCCAAACACUUCCGCCCCACGUUCAAACAGGGUUUGUUGGUGAGGCAAGUUGGGCGGGUUAUGUUGUCACUUGCGAGUCCCCGCCCUCCCUGAGUGUCUGGUGGUGAGUGAGGCGAGAGGCAGCGGCUGCAGGAGGGAACAGGAUCCUUAUCGAAGAGACACAGACUCUGCAGCCCAGAAGUGAAAGUGAUUGUGACGCGUCAUGAACAGAGGCACCGACACACUCCAAUAGCCCCGCAGAUCUGCAACUGGGACACGCGGUUUAUACAGAAUGAAGCUGAGGGUGCGGGUGAGGAAGCAGACGACUCGCUUGGACCUGGAGGCGGAGCAGCCGACACUGGGAGACGUGCGGAGUAAAUUAUCCUCGGUUACCCUCCCAGCUCUGGGCUAUAGUGCUGAGACUGAUUUCACCAUCACACUGAAUGGCAAAGACGCCCUGACUGGGGACCAGACCACUCUGGAGUCUGCAGGGAUCAUCUCCGGGGAUCUGAUUAUCUUGCUGCUGCCGGACUCUCCGAUUCCUUCUCCUCCCCCUGCGCCUGAGAGGCGGGACCCUCGCUGUCCCCUGGAGGAUCCCACCCAGCACUGCAGCACGGCUCUCAAGAGGCCCAAAGGCCACGUAAAUAAUGACGGUGCAAAAGCCCAAGUAAGGCCUCAGACUGAGGCUGCUGAGGAAACAUCUCCUUCAAUGGAGGACAUAACAAUGGAGGAUGAGACGCCCGGCCCCGCCUGGGAAGUGAUGCUGUGCAGCGAGGCUGUGGAUGGGAAGAUCCCCCAUUCCCUCGAGGUCCUGUACCAAACUGCCAGCUGCUCCAGUGCCAGCGACGCAUUCAUAGUAGUGAUACACCUGCUUAUGCUGGAGACCGGCUACUUACAGAAGGGUGCUGAAAGCAAGGCCCUGUGUAUGCCACAAGAUUGGCGCAGUGGGGGUGCCUACAGACUGCACUACACUCACCCCCUGUGUGCCCAAGUCUCUGCCACCCUGGCCUGUUUGCCAAUGGGCAAGCUCGUCAUAAUCAAUGCCACAAUGAAGAUUAACGACGAGAUGAAAAGCGUGCGGAAACUGCAACUGUCGACCAAUUCCUACAUUUCUUACCCUGAAAAAGAUAACGACUUUGCCUCUGUCUAUAAGGAUCUCCAGAAGUUGUCGGGGCAGUUUAAAGACCAAGUGGCGUAUCCUCUGCUCGCUGCCGCCCGGCAAGUUCUAAACCUCCCGGACGUCUUCGGGCUGCUGGUCCUUCCGCCGGAGCUCAAGCUGAGGAUUUUCCGCCUGUUGGACAUUCGCUCACUUUUGAACCUUUCUGCCACCUGUAAAGAGUUACUGGCCGCCACCGGUGACUCCUCCCUCUGGCGCUUCCUGUGCAUCCGAGAUUUCCGGGAUAGUCUUCCACGGAAUUUGGAAAUGAAUUGGAAUAAGCUGUACAAGGAGAAGUACAAGGAGAAGAAGCAGCGCAAUCGCUUUGUGCGCCGGCACUUUCUGCCUCCCAGGAAUGCCCACCCCUACCCUUAUUACCCAAACAUCUUCCCGCCAGACUUCAGUUACCCUCCUGGCAUCAUCGGGGGUGAAUAUGACCAAAGGCCUUUCCCCCCAAUUCUCAACCCCACCGCUCCUUUUAUUCCCGGAGUAGGGCCAAGUUCCUCGCGCUUCAGCCCCUUAUCCAACCCCUUUAAAGUCACUUUGCCUUUCUCUGAAGAAGACCCGUCGAUUCCAGGGCCGAGAAGUCUCCGCCCCAGCAGAGGGAGGGGUCCUGACAUCCGGAGAGGCUUCAUAUGAAGGGAAGAGGCGGAGCAAUUUGGAGGCUGGACUGUGCGCGGUAUGUUUCUCCCGCCAAAGAAACGUCUCCUUUUCUUGUGAAUAAUUCUCUUAUUAUAAAGGCACCGGUGUGGACUUCUGGUUUGUUGUAGGGGUGCACCCAAUCCACGAUUUCGGAUUCGGCCGAAUCCUUCACGAAAGAUACGGCCUAAUACCGAAUCCCGCUGAAAAAGGCCGAAUCCCGAACUGAAUCCUGGAUUCAGUGCAUCCCUGUCUGUUGUAACAGCAACACUUCUGAUAUCUGGGACAGAGAAGGGGAACAAAAACAGAAUAUUUUGGGGGGGGAUUGUUUCAAUAAUAAAAUGUUUUUGUUGGAGGUUUGAGAACAAGUACGAACAGGAAUUCAGGAAACGUUUUCUUUCAUUUAUUUAUAACAUCAAUAAAUAAACACAAAUACAGAGAACAUAAAAUAGAAAUGACCCUCAGACAGGGACGGCUGGAGAUUAGAAUCCGCCAGCCCUAACUGUCACAUAGUGAUACAAACUGCCGCCUCUGCUAAUAAGCUGAUUUAUUUGCUAAUGUUGAAAGCUGUUUGAAUAACACGUGUAUGUGUUCUGUAUAACAGUGUUGGUUUUGUUCUGUAUAAUUAACGUACGUUUGCAGACAGUGUUUUUUUGGGGAGGAAAAAAUGAAUUAUUACUAAAGCUGU